AUGAAGCAGCUACUGCUGUCGUUAGUUUUUGUGUUUUCUCAAAAUAUUUUGGUAUCAGAAAGUGCAAACAUUCUGGGAAUUUUCAACUAUCCAAGUUAUAGUCAUCAGCUAGUGUUUCAGAAAAUUGUUAAAGAUCUCAGUGCUAGAGGACAUAGCUUGACUAUAUUGACUGUAAAUAAGAUUAAUGAUAAUUAUCCAAAUGUCACUGAGAUUUAUAUGGAAGGAUCUUACGAAAGUAAUGAUUUUAACCUUGCAGAAUCAAAAGAAAAGAAGUUUAGUGUCUUGAGGCUGUUCAGUAUAUUUUAUCAAUCAACUGUGAAGCGAACAUUCCAUCAAUUGAAUAAUCCAGAAGUUAAAAAAUUAAUUAAUAAUGCUGACAAACAGAAGUUUGACUUGAUGCUUGUUGAGUAUCUCUAUCAGCAUCCAUUAAUCUAUUUUGCUGAGAUUUAUGACUGUCCAGUUGUUGCUGUCUCGUCAAUGGAAGUGACUAACUUCAUACAUAAUAUUAUUGGCAAUUACAUCAACUUUGCUAUCCAUCCAGAACACAUUUUAGAGUAUGAACAUGGAAAGCUUACUUUACCGCAAAGAUUUUUAUCUGUGACUGUUCAUUCCUUCAUAUUUCUCUUAAUGGUUCCAUGCAUAGCAGUCGGUGAAUUUAUUUUCAAAUGGAACUACUUUCCAAAUGUCAAAGCAUCAUUUGCUGAUAUUCAUGAAAAUAGAAUUGAAUUUCUGUUACAAAAUGCAAAUCCAGUUCUUGGUGCGACUCGUCCUGUAACUCACAAUACAAUAAUGUUAGGCAACUUACAUAUUGAGCCUCCAAAAGAGAUUCAAGGAGAUUUGAAAAACUUUUUGGAUGCAUCUAAAAAUGGAGUGAUUUAUGUCUCAUUUGGCACUAAUGUCAAUACGAAUUACUUGAACGAACGUUCCUUAUCAAUCUUCAUCAAUACAUUUAAGAAACUCAACUUUAAUGUUCUAUGGAAACUUGAUGGCAAUCAUGAAGAAAUACGGAAUCAGACAAGCAAUAUUUACGUCUCAAAAUGGUAUCCACAAGCUGAUUUACUGGCACAUCCAAAUGUAAAACUAUUCAUUACUCAUUGUGGAUUGAUGUCACUUGAAGAAUCAAUUGAUCGUGAAAUUCCAAUGCUGGCAAUUCCAUUUCUUUUUGACCAAUACCAAAAUGCAUUUAAGGUACGAAAUGAAGAAAUUGGAGUGCAUCUUGAGUACGAGACAUUAACAGAAGAAAGUUUAUUUAAUGGAAUAAUGGAAGCGACGAAAUCAAAGUACAAAGAAUCUAUAAAGCAGUUUAAGACAUUGAUGUAUGAUGUACCAAUGCAGAGUAGAGAGAAAGCAGUUUGGUGGAUAGAAUAUGCCAUAAGAAAUAAAGGUCGGAAUCGAUUAAAAUAUAUCGGUGCUAAAGUUCCAUUUUAUCAGCAAUAUUAUUUAGACGUUAUACUUGUUUAUGCUGUUCUGAUAUUAUUAGUUAAAAAAGUAUUGUCAUUCCUUAAGUCUGCCUGUAUAUUUAGAGUUAAAAAUAAAGUUGAUUAA